GCCUUCCUGCCCACAGCUAGUAGAUUCCAAAGGAAGAUGAACUUCAUGGAAACAGAAAAUGUGAAAAAAGACCGGAACUUUUCUACCAUUCCUUUAAAAUUCCAGACUUCUGUGAUCUCAAACACCGAAAGGAAAGGUUUUAAUUCUCAAUCAAAGAGAUUUCUGUUUAUCCCGAAUGGCAAUCCAGGCCCGGGAUGUUAUAAUGUCACACAUCAGUCUACACUUCUCAACAGUGUCUCCCAGUCCCGGAAAGGAACCUGUUCUUUUCCUUCUUUGGAUGUACGUGUUGCUCGACACAGAGUCCCCAGCUAUCCUGCUGCAAAUGCCUACAGCCUCCCACCUACUCUCCAGUCCAAGCAAGAUUUUAGCUUGGGAUAUUCCAGCAUGUUUCAACAACCAAUUGCUAGAAAAAUACCCAAAGCAGCUACUCCAGCGCCCAACCAAUAUAACGUCUCCCUAGAUGCCAGCAAGAGGAGCCAGAACGUAGGUGCCAAGUCAGUGUUCUCAUCCAAAACGAGACGGGAGUUGCCAGUCAAUAUCAAGGACAGAGUUCCUUCUCCUUGUCAUUACCAAAUUAAUGACUCUUUCAUCCGGCAGUCACCUGCAGUACUGAUGUCCUGCUUCAAGUCUAGAACUACUCGUGAAACCAAAACAGAGACCCUGAGCCCAGGGCCUGCAGCCUAUCAGCACACGGGGAGCCCCAUUCCAGUACGGCGGAAGGUCCUUGGCGUGCGAAAGCACACCUUGAACUUCUCAGCCCCACCUGCUCCUCGGUCCAACCCUCCCCCUUCCCCUGGACCUGGCCAGUAUGAAAUAGUAGACUUUGAAGGUCCCAGCAAGCAUUACAUUUCCAGUGCCGUAUUUGUCUCGAACACAGACCGUUGUUUCAGAGACAAAUUCCACCAAGAAAUACCUGGCCCAGGAACGUAUGAUUUACCAGUACCCCAGAAGCAGUCCUUCAUCUACAACACCAAUAAUAAAUGGGUGCCAGUACUUUGA